AUGACUUCGUUGAUCCGGAAGGCGAAUAUCCAGGGCGACAUCUGGCCCGGUCUGCCCAAGCGGUUCCAAACCUUCCUGUUUUUCCGCAUCAGGAAGCCCGAGCAAUUCAAGGUGCAGCUCAAGGCUUUCGUGCCCGAGAUCACCACGGCGGAGACCGCUGCGGCGUGGAAGGAUGCGAAGCGGAGGGAAAAACAGUUGUACCCCAAGGAUCUCAUGCCUAGCAACCUGCUGCCCAAGACGGGAGUCAAUAUCUCCUUUUCUUCGACCGGGCUGGCAGCGUUGGGCAAGUUCGUCUCUUUUUCUGACGAACGCACUGUCAAGAAGGACAAGCAGAUGUCUGCAAUCUUCAGAAAGCGCCAGCUGCGCGGAGGGUUGUUCUCAAUCGGGAUGUACACGGAUCUCGUGGACGAGGGCUGGGAUGACCCGCGGGACUUGCGCGAGGAAUACAAGCCCUACGGCGAGAAUAAAGAGCGCCUGAUCGACGGGGUGAUCCUGGUGACGUCGAACAUCGAGCAGGAUAUGGUCGAGAAGGUCAACCGGGUGAAGGAACACUUCCUGAAAGAGUCUGAUAUCGAUGAGGACACUUAUGUUCUGAGUAACGAUCCAGUCGUUGAGUUCCCGCUGAUUCGAGAGGGUUCUACGCGCCCUGGGGGAAAAGAACACUUUGGAUUCAAGGAUGGCAUCAGUCAGCCGAAGAUUGAGGGACUGGAUGACUUGCCCAAGGAUAAGGAACCAAGAGCUGUCAAGCCAGGAAUGAUAUUUUCCGGACACGAGGGCGACGAGAUGGGUCAACCGGACUGGGCAACUGAUGGCAGUUUUAUGGUUAUCCGCGAUCUGCAGCAACUCGUUCCUGAGUUCGACAAAUUCCUAGAAGACAAUACCCACAAAACGCCGUUCGCCGCAAGCUCCAAGGACCCGAAGGAGAAGCUGGCCGCAUAUCUCAUGGGCCGAUGGAAGAACGGAACCCCCGUUGACAUGAGCCCGCACGACGACAAGGAAGGCGAAUGCGAGUACCACGGGUCGAACAACUUCGACUUCCACCCAACCAACAAGCACGAUAAGUGCCCGUUCGGGGCGCACAUCCGCAAGAUGCGGCCCCGCGGGGAUCUCGAACACGACCACGCCGUCAUCAUCCGCCGCGGCAUCUCGUACGGCAGCGAGGUGACGCCCGAGGAGCAGGCCGCGCGCAAAUCCAGCGACCAGCACGAGCGCGGGCUCAUCUUCGUGUGCUACCAGAGCGACAUCCGCAACGGCUACACUUUCUUGACCACCCGCUGGGCCAGCAACAACCACUUCCCCGACAAGAAGACCAAGUACGUCGGCGAGCACGGCCCGGGCCUCGACGCCAUCGUGGGCCAGCGCCUCGCCCACCACCCUCCGCGCACCCUCGGGCUGCCGGACGGGAACGAGCCCAGCGAGGCGCGCAUCGAGCUCGAGAACUGGGUCAUCCAUCGCGGCGGCGAGUAUUUCUUCUCGCCUUCCAUCGAGGCGUUGCAAGAUUACCUCACGGAUCCUCAUGAUUACCCUGAAUUGCAGGGACGGACCUAA